CGCUCCCUCGGGACGUCCGGCGUCAGCAGCUUUCCGGAGCACCGACGUGGAGCACUUCUCGCCGUAAGACUUGAAGAGCCCUUGCCGAGCCCUCUCGAAGUACCCUCGGAAAGCUUGGUCGCGACAGCCUUUAGUUCCUCAGUGCGAAUCGCGAUAUUUUGCAGCAGGAUGCGGCGUACGCGCCACGUAGUGCUGCCCGUGCGAUCCUGGCAGUACAUCGGACUUCUGAUAGUAUCGCUGGCGUGUCUGACACUAGGAUUAGUGUCCAGGGAUAGGGAAGGACAUGCCGGUAGUCUCGCAGGUCCUGAACUCACGCAUCGAGCUCCCCACGAGGUGGACGCCUGUCCGAACUUGAGUCCUUUCGUCAAAAGCCCGAUUGCCGAGCCGAAAUUAGUUACAACACCGAUUAACAAUCCUGAAUUGAAAGUAUCUGAAUCCAGAGCACCACCUACGUCUCAAAAAUCCGUACUCUCACGAUCUCUGAGUCUCGAUCGCUUGUCUAGAAGCGAUUCGCGGGAGAUUAGAGAGCGACUGUUUAGAAACCGAGAGAUAAGGACAACCGAGAGACUUUCAAGAUCGAGGACUCGCGUAUCCGACGACGAACGGUCCCUCGACCGUUUCCGAGAAUCCCGAUUUAGGACGAUCGCGCAGUCCCGCGACGCCAGGAACUCAUUCGAUCCCGCCACUCGACUCUCUCGAUCGCAGGAUUUGUCCAAUCGAGCAGUCGACCGCCGUUCUGCCGAGCAAAAUUUCGAACGCCGUCUGGCCGAGCCUGCAAAUUCCCGGCUUGAAAAUCGUCGAUCCACGGAACGGCGCGAGCUUAACGAAAUCGCGCGACGGCAAAGUCGUGUCGAUCGAUCAGCGGUCCGGCGAGACUCUCUGAAUCUUCAACGUCGUACGAGCGAUUAUCGCGACCGUAAAUCACUCUCGGCGGAGCGACGAAUCGAUCGGCAAGAAUCGCGCGAUGCCCUGGCUGGUCGUCGCGAACACCGAGAUCUGGCGCGAAAUCGCGUCCCGAAUCGAGCCGAGAUACGCCAACGUAGCAGAUCUGUCGAGCGACGUGUGUCAACCGAACGUCGGGACGCGGAACGAUCGGAUCGUCGCGAGGAUCGUAGAAAUCUCCUGAAUCGUUCGGCAAGGUUCGCACGAGGGGAUCUCGAUCGCAACAAUAAUAUGGAUCGCCGAAAUCGCGAACGGUCUCUGGAAAAUCGCCACGCUCUUCUCGAUCGCGUCGCUAAUCAAGAACGUAGAUCACGACUUUCGGUCGCUACUACCAGAGCUUCUCGUGGAGAUCUUAUUAAAUCCGACGACCGUCGAACGUUGUCACGAUCGAUGGAACGUCUAACUGUCAACGAUCCCAAUCGCGAGACUCUUAGCAGACGAGUCAGAUCGGUUGAAUUCAACACCGAGAGAUCCGGGGAGCGCACAUUGUCCUCCGAACGUAGAUCGUUGGUCCUCCGAUCUAUGGAACGUCGCGAAAUAGAUCACGCGGGACGUCGGAAAGCUGAGAGUCGUCUUGGCGAUCGAAAAUCCGUCGAUCGAAUGUCGCGAGUCCCGUCCGAGGACUUGCGCCGAGAAAGGAUCAGUCGCUCGCAGAGGACCGUAAGCCGACGCGAUUCGCGUGAAAACGCGGCAAUCAGAGAGGAUAGAGUGGCACGAUCGCGUUACGAUGUCGAGGAAAUCGCGAGUCGGGAACGAAGAGAGAGAUUCGCACGACCCUCCCGUUCGGUCGCUCGUAAUUCGGUGGAUCAUCAGGAAAUCACGAGAAUCAGAGACUCCAGAGAUUACAAUCACAGAUCGCGCGACUCUGCUGCAGCAGAACGACGGGAUUCUAUUCAGGAGCGGCGAGAAAGAACGAGUCGUUUGUACCAAUCGCGCGAGGAACGAAAGAUUGUUCUUCAGAGAUCGCGCGAGGCUGAACGACGAGCGUCCGAACGAACGGUUUCGGAUAGGCGAGUUUUGGAGCGACGAGUCGCUCUGGAUUCGGCACGUCUCGAUUCGCGAAGAUCGUUGGAACGAAGAAUCGACGACAGUUUGAAAUCGCGCGAAGGAUCCAGGUUGGCAGGUCGACGUUUGGAAAUAAAUCCGGAAUCGCGAGUUUCUCGCGGAAGAAUCCUAGAAAGCCAAUCUACUCUCAACUCACGAAGAUUGUCAGAGCGAAGGGUUGACGACAAUUCAAAAUCGCGCGAAGAAUUUAGACUAGCAGAUCGACGUUCGGAACGAAAUCCGGAAUCGCGAGUUUCUCGCGGAAGGAUCUUAGAAAGGCGAUCUGUCCUCGACUCGCGAAGAUUAUUGGAACGAAGAGUUGACGACAAUUCGAAAUCGCGCGAAGAAUUUAGACUAGCAGAUCGACGUUUGGAAAGAAACCCGGAAUCACGAGUUUCUCGCGGAAGAAUUCUGGAGAGGCAAUCUACUCUCGCCUCGCGAAAAUUGUCGGAACGAAGGGUUGACGAUAAUUUAAAAUCGCGCGAAGAAUUUAGACUAGCAGAUCGACGUUCGGAACGAAAUCUGGAAUCGCGAGUUUCUCGUGGAAGGAUUUUGGAAAGGCGAUCUGUUCUCGACUCGCAAAGAUUAUCGGAGCGAAGGGUUAACGACAAUUCGAAAUCGCGCGAAGGAUCCAGGCUGGCAGGUCAACGUUUGGAAAGAAAUCCGGAAUCGCAAGUUUCUCGCGGAAGAAUCCUGGAAAGGCAAUCUACUCUCGCCUCGCGAAGAUUAUUGGAGCGAAGGGUUGACGACAAUUCGAAAUCGCGCGAAGGAUCCAGGCUGGCAGGUCAACGUUUGGAAAGAAACCCGGAAUCGCGAGUUUCUCGCGGAAGAAUCCUGGAAAAGCGUUCUGCCCUCGAUUCACGAAGGAUUCACGACAAUUCGAGGUCGCGCGAAGAAUCCAGGAUGCAGGAUCGCGUGGAACGGAAUUCCGAAUUGCGAAAUUCGAUCUCGAUGCUCCCGGCAGAGCGUAAAGCGAAUUCUAGAACAGCAUCCCUCGAGACGCGAGCAUUACUACGUUCGUCGGAAAUGCAACGCGAGAUCAGACGUCUCACGGAGCGUCGAGUGGCUCGAUCAGAGAAUCGACCUGCCGAGUUUCGUGAAAAAGAGCCCGUCAGGCACUUGCGCCAGAGAUCAGCGAGGAACAUCGAGGACUCAUCGCGAUUCUCUUCUCAUCGCCAAGCUGUCCGUGUACCUGAACAAAAUCGCGAACAACGAAGGUUGUCUGCCGAGAGGACGCUUGCUAGGACCGUAGAUAACGAACGAUUAUCCGCAAAAUGGGAACGCAAUUUGCAGGACGCACGCGUUGAGAGAAAUGUGCGAGCCAGAGCAAAAAUCGUUCCUAACUCAAUGAAGGACUAUGAAUCCUUCAAGUAUCCUAUGACCUACGAACUCAUGAGGCAAGCUUUCGUUGUGGCAUUAUGUACCGUUUAUGGAUUUUCUCUCUAUAAUGGAAAAAAAUCGUCCCUCGGCAGCAACAUAAUGCAGCAUGUGCAGCGCUUCGUAAUUUGGUAAAAUGAAGCGAUAAUCGGCUACCGAAAAUUGGCUCCUGAAAAUCGCUAUUCUCUGGAAUCUCUGCUUCUGUCGAUCUUAUUAUUUUGUGAAUUAAGAUAUUACGUUGCAAUGUGUGUAAUGUUCCCGACUUAGAAAAUAGAUUAAAUACUUAGAAUGUAGAUUAAUGUACAGCUCUCAUAUAUACCCAGUAGAAAUAUGUAUAUCUAAGAAGAUAUAUUUUGUGGGAAAAUAAAAUAGUUGCAGUCUCGUAGUUAAA